GCCCAUUCACCAGCUCCAUCUUCACUGAGCAAAAACCUGCCACGUAUCUCAGUAUUCUUCUUCUAUAGCACUCUGUAGAGGUUUAUUGAAUCGAUUCAUACAGAUAACAGCAAUUAUAAACAAAAAUGUCUUCUUUGGGGACUUCAAAGGGAAUUCUGGAGAUUGCAAAGUUCGCUGUUUACGUCAGUGUUCCAAUAGGCCUCAUGUAUUUCUUUGCUAAUAACACCCGGAAUCUCCAGAAAGUCAUCAACAAUCGUCAGUAUGUUGUAUACCCCCCAGAAGCACCACGGCCUCCAUCACCCGAGGAAAUGAGGGAGAUGGCAAGGGAAUUAGCUCGCAAGAGAGACAGACAGUAAUGGAUCUUUGCGUCAUAAAUAUAUUUGAAGCUUUGGGAUGUAAUUAACGUGGCAUUGAAAAACUUGAAGUGCAUGUUUGGUACUGAGUACUAGAUAGGACUAGUCCGUAUAAAUAAUAAAGUUUUAUUUUAUUUUAUUUUUCCUUCUUACUCCAUUACUAUCCAAUUACAUCUACCAGACAUGCCAAAGUUUGCACUGAUGACCAUAUUAUGUGUACAUCUAUGUUGUGAGUAAUGAUAUGUUUCCUUUUCUUCC